AUCCUCCUACUUACUCCUCCGGCCAGCGUCCCCGUGUUGGUCCCCAGGAUUACUGCACACAGGCAGACGAUGAGGAGGAACACCGCCGCGAUCACCGAGUUGAAAACAUCCUGAAACAGCCAGUGGGAGCAGAGGGUUUAUUCUGAAAUACAGCCCUGAAGGAGAACAUAAACAUCUGAUCAAAGAAGAUGACAAAAAGACGGUUGUCUGCAUCGAGGGGAACAUUGCAAGCGGAAAAACAACAUGCCUGGAUUAUUUUGCCCAAAAUUCCAGCAUUGAGGUUUUGACAGAACCGGUGUCCAAGUGGAGGAACGUUCGUGGUCAUAAUAUCCUGAAUGCCUGUCUGUCUCCCCUCCGUCUCUGACCCCAGGGCUUAAUGUACCAGGACGCGUCACGAUGGGGGAUAACACUACAGACCUACAUACAGCUCACCAUGUUGGAGCAGCACACCAGGCCAAUGAUUUCCCCCGUGCGAAUGAUGGAGCGAUCAGUUCACAGUGCAAAAUACAUUUUUGUAGAAAACUUGUAUCGAAGCGGCAAAAUGCCAGAGGUGGAUUAUGUUGUCCUGACCGAAUGGUUUGACUGGAUCCAGAACAACACGGAUGUUGCGGUUGAUUUGAUAGUUUAUCUGCAGACUUCUCCUGAAGUUUGUUACGAGAGGUUAAAGAGAAGAUGCAGAGAAGAGGAAAAGAUCAUUCCUCUGGAAUAUUUAGAAGCUAUUCAUCAGCUCUACGAAGAGUGGCUCAUUAAACACACACUGUUUAAAGUUUCCUGCCCAGUGCUUGUUAUUGGAGCUGACCAUGACAUGCAGAAAAUGAUAGAAAAGUACGAAGAAAACCGGGACCAAAUACUAAACCCGUGUAAUCUGCAACACCAUUUAUAGACACCUGAAGGCCGAUUUGGCGGCGAUUUUGAGUAUUUUUAGUAUUUCUAAAUAGAAUGUUUUUUUGCUUUUGAGUUAUGCUUUGUAGAAUGUUGUGGACUUACUGCUAUGAAAAGUUGAGAUACAAGUCAUGAACAGAAUAUAAGCCAAUUCCCUUUCAGGUUUUUAGGUUCUCCAUCAGCUUUACUAUGUCACUUCUGUUCAGCUAAAAUCUGGCUAUUUCUCUCAUUCUGGGAGAAAAUUUCAGUGCUGGGUUACUGUAAGUAACCCAGGUUUCUCCUUUUUUACAUCCUCCUCCCCAGGACAACCCUCUUUUUGUAAUUUGAAAGAAAUAGUUCUAUGCAAGAGGUGGGAAGUCCUUUUUUUAUUAUUAGGGGAAGCAAUUGAAGUGCAUCAAGUUAAAGUAACUUCAUUAAAUAGUUCUUACCAGGUUGAAAUAGGGGGUCUGACCCUGCUCCCACCUACCCUAGUGCAGUUGCAUUGAAUUUGUGUUUUUCCUGCUUUACAUGAAAUCACAAUGUAGCUGUAGUUGUGAAGAUAACUAUGCACUAGUACAGUCCCACUGAAUUCAGUGGUAAAAAAAGAAUAACAGUUUUCAUAAGUGAUUGCAGAAUGGCUCUGAGGCUUUUAUUUUUAAGCUAGGUUUUUAAAGGGCUUAUUUCUCUUCCACUGGCUCUGCUGUGGCUGAGCUGAGGACUACUCAAAAUACAGGGUGCACAGAACUGUAUUUGUUGUUCCUUUCAAAUGGUUAUAAAAAAUUAUUUUGGACUUAACGGGUUUGGAUUCUUUGAUUGUACUUUUUUUUUAUAAAGAAAAAUACAGAUGGUCUUUUGGAUUUGUAUCUUGAUCAGUUUAUUGUGACUUACAGGUACUUGGAGUGUAGAGAAAAAUAGUGGGGGUUUCAUUCUUCCCCUUCUUAGCUAAAGUGUGGAGUUGUCCUUAAUUUCUGUUUUACCUCUUCAGGAUCAUCCUUUUAAUGCAGCAGUUCCGACUGUUUUCAUGUUACAUUUUCUGUUAAAUUUAAGUGGAAUGAUUCCUGAAGUACAGUAUAUAUAUUUUUUUUUUUCUAUAAUAGUUUUGGUUGAUUGAACUGUUCUGAGAAUUCCAGCUUAAAAUAAGAUUUUUGCAUAUUAAGUAAUUAUCUUACUUCUGGAAGCGUUCUUGUAGGGGAAUAGCAGUAAUUUGAAAGCUGUUAAACUUUCAACUUUUUUUCUUCUGUAAGAGACCAAAAGAACUCUGUCUUUGACAAUAGUUCUAUAAAUUUAAAGGUUAGUCAUCUGCAGUUUGUUCUUAAUUAUAAUUUCAUUACGGUAGUAGAAGCCAAGGAUGUAUAUUUUGCACACAGUCCAGAAAAUCAUGGAAUAGUUUUGUACAGAGAAUCUUACAAAGAAUCUCACUUUUAUCUUUCAGCUUUUGAAAGAAACUUAUGCUUUUUGGUCAGAUUCUCCCUCCCUCCCUCCCCUUUUAUUAUAUCAAACCAGUAGUUUGGAUGUUGGUUACUGUUAUUCAUAAGUCUAAUGGAAUAUGAAGGAAUAAUUUAUAUAACUUAUUUAUUAAAAAUUACAGAUGUGAUGGCUACAGAGAGCAUGUUUAUUUUAUGUUUUGCUGUCUAUUGUUUCUUAUGUAUAGGUUUUCAUAUACAAAGGAAAGUUGGGUAUUUAAUGAAAAGUUGGAACAAAACCAAACAGGUUGCUUGUUAAUGUGUCGUCAAUGUCAAAUGUUUGCCACCUGCUGUAGAUUUGUAGAUAAAAAUACUGCAGUUAUCAUAAACAGCUGGUUUUAAGCCUGGAA